UUCAAUCACAAGUGUUAAAGUCCUAUAUAAACAUAUUGCAUGUGACCACUAUCUCACAACAUUCUCAUAGCCUAUAUCAAUCUAGCUACAUUAUAGUGUAUUACAUCUCCAAUUACUUAGUGUAGUUGAACCAUGUCUGCUAAUCGUGGGAAACUAGAGGUAGACAUUAUUGAUCUCAAGUCAAAUGCAGACAAGUUCUGGCAAACCAUAAGGGAUUCUACAACUAUUUUCCCAAAGGCAUUCCCACAUGACUACAAAAGCAUUGAGAUUCUUCAAGGUGAUGGCAAGGCUCCUGGUUCUAUCCGCCACUUUAGUUACGGUGAAGGCUCCCCAAUUUGCAAAUCAUCGAAAGAGAAGAUUGAUGCUGCUGAUGAUGAAAAGAAGACAGUAAGCUAUUCUAUAGUUGAAGGGGAUCUUCUUGAGUACUACAAAGUAUUCAAGGGACAUAUCUCUGUAACACCAUUUGGAGAAGGGUGUGAUGUGAAAUGGACGGCUGAAUAUGAAAAGGGUAGUCAUGAAGUUCCUGAUCCAACGGCUGUUAAAGAUUUUGCGGUCAAGAACUUCUUUGAGGUGGAUGAGUAUAUUCAACAAAAUGCAUAGAACUUUAAUAUGCUAUUUAGGAAGGACAAGUAUUUUAAUAAAUGUAUUAUUAAAUAGUGUGGUGGAGUGGAAUUAUCGAAAAUAAAAAAUAUUAUGUGGCAUGGAACUGACCAUGUCCUAUAUAAUAUGAUGUACUAUGUACUAUGUACUAAUGAUUAACGACCCUGUCCUUCCUUGCUCUUGGUUUAAUCAAUUAUGUCCUUAGUACGA